GGUGGCCGAAGAUGGUACAAGGACGUUGGUCUGGGUUUCCGAACCCCCAAGACCGCCAUCGAGGGUAGCUACAUCGACAAGAAGUGCCCCUUCACCGGUCUCGUCUCCAUCCGUGGCCGUAUCCUGACCGGCACCGUUGUCUCGACCAAGAUGCACCGAACGAUCAUCAUCCGCCGCGAGUACCUCCACUUCAUCCCCAAGUACGCCCGAUACGAGAAGCGACACAAGAACGUUGCCGCGCACGUCUCGCCCGCAUUCCGUGUUGAGGAGGGUGACCAGGUCACCGUUGGCCAGUGCAGACCUCUGAGCAAGACUGUCCGAUUCAACGUCCUCCGUGUACUUCCCCGAACUGGCAAGGCGGUCAAGAAGUUCUCCAAGUUCUAG